UGUGUCACCGUCCUAGACGGUAGGCUGUCCCAGUUCGUCUUCGGAUGUCGGAGGAGACGCGCAAAGUGAGACUGACAGUAGAUACACAUAGUACACGCCACUUCCAAUCAUCGCUGGUUGAACACAAGUUUCUUUUUAUCCAACCGCCUAUUAGAUUUCUAUCAAAUAAUAACAAGUGCCGGACGCCAAACAAUCAAACGGACCAUUGUGGACACCCACCCCCCGCCUCUCUUUGCGCAAUCUAUAUAGUGUUUUUGUGUUUUGUCGUGUGUCGAAAAAGUUCCAUCCAUCCAAUAUUUGUUUGUUUGUUAAAGAAAAUUCGUUCGUUGUCUCAUUAGACAAUAACGAAAUUAAGAAGAUAAAAUUAUAAUUGUUUCUUUAUUUUGGUUAUUCUUGGGUUUAUUUCUCAAGUUUUAUUUUAUCUUUCACUUCCUUCCGUUCUAAUUUUCAUCAGAAGCCCCACGAACAAAAAUAAAAAGAAGCUACGCAUAGAGCCCGGCGGCAGGUCUGCGAUUAAUUUCACCCCCUCCAGUCGAGUGCUUAAUUAUUGCUCUUUUGUGCGUUGUGUGUCGGCUGCGCGCGUGCCUCUACAUGUACUGAGAGGAGCCCGAAAAGACUUGCGUGGUGUUGACUCUCGCUAACGAGUGUGACGAUGCUGCUGGGAACUAAUCAAACAACGGCUGGCGACGGCCUAUUCGACAGGAGCCGAGACGUCAGUCUCCUGCCGAUGAUGGACGCCACGGACUACGCCGAUUUCCUCCAGUACGUCAACAGCUACAACUGGAGCGGAGUGGCCGACGUCGUCGGAGCCCUCGACGACGUCUCCAGCGGGCCGCCGCCAGGAUUGUUCCCAAACUUUGCCGACCUCGACGGCUCGUCGUCGGCCACAGGACUUGACCCUGCCACUUUUUGGCUCAACUUUAGCGGCGGCCAGUCGGUGCUGUCCAGCGGCUUGCCGCUCUUUCCGUCCAUCCUCAACGACUCGGUCGUCGACACGGCCAUCAAUAACAACACGGUCGACUGGAUCUGGGAGGCCGGCAAACUUCGGAUACCUCUUUACAGCAUCAUUUUCCUGCUGGGCAUCACGGGCAACGUCCUGGUGAUCCUGACCAUCCUGCAGAACACGCGGAUGCGGACCGUCACCAACAUGUUUCUGCUCAACUUGGCCAUUUCCGACCUACUGCUGGGCGUUUUCUGCAUGCCGUUCACGCUCAUCGGCCAGCUGCUCAGAGAUUUCAUCUUUGGCGAUGUCUUCUGCAGACUCAUCUCCUUCUUCCAAGCUGUUUCCGUCAGCGUGUCCGGAUGGACGUUGGUGGCCAUCUCCGUGGAGCGCUUCUACGCCAUUUGUCAUCCGCUGACAUCUAGGAAAUGGCAAACAAGAAGUCACGCCAGAUACAUCAUCCUAGCCGUCUGGCUUGGUUCGCUGGCCAUUAUGUCGCCCGUAGCAGUUCUGUCGCAGUUGAAGCCCGUCGGUAACGAUGGACGCCGGAAAUGUCGCGAAGUCUGGCCCGAUGAUACCUUGGAGAAAUGUUUCACCGUCUUUCUUGACGUCAUCCUGCUCAUCAUCCCACUCUUUCUCAUGGUCGCCAUGUACGGAAUGAUUGUCAAUCACUUGUGGAAAGUGGAUCAAGGAGGCGGCGGGGAGGAAAGCGAUGCAGCCAUGAGUGUGACGGCCCGCAACACUUCGGCCAACCGGAAUUCAAUCGGCCAGACGGAGAGACUGACGAGCAGCGCCCUGACGGUCAAUGUUAAUGGAAACGGAGCGUCGACAUCACGCGCCGGCAUUUAUCGCGGCAACAAAAGGUCCACAGUGUCCGGCAGCACGGCAGGUCUGCCCGCCACGCCCAGUCUACGUCGCUGCAACCCGGAGCACUGCCUGAAAACCAAGCGGCGCGUCCUGAAAAUGCUAAUCGUCGUCGUCCUCGAGUUCUUCAUCUGCUGGACGCCACUCUACGUCGUCAACACCAUGUCUUUCUUCGCUCCAAGAGCCCUGUACGAAGGACUCGGCUACACCGGCAUCUCUCUCAUGCAGCUCCUGGCUCAGGCCAGCUGUUGCUGCAAUCCCAUCACCUACUGCUUCAUGAGUUCGUCCUUUCGCCGGGCUUUUGUCAAAGCCUUCGGAUGUUCCAAAACGGAGAAUUUUUCGCGAUCCGUCGGGACCGUCUGAUAUCCCCCCCAGGGCGCGUUUGCGGUCGAAAUUUCAAACCCCCCAGUUCCGAGAGUUACCCCACCGUUUAUCCUGUCAAAUUCAAAUUAUUUUUUUGAAUAGCCAUUUUUAUUUAAAGAAAUGUAUAACAGAGUUUUUCAAACAUGCAUAGCCUGGAUUUUCAUUAUAUUCGAUUUACUUAAAAAUUCAGCGAUUUAAUCAAUUGAUAAUGACAAAAUCUAAUUUAUCACAAUCUUGUUGUGUUUCUAAUACUUGGCACCCGAGUGAAUCUUAUUAUAAUGAAACAUGAAUCUAUAAUUGAAGUGGAAAUACACAGACAUCUUAUCGCUCUA